UCAUAGAAACUCUUCCAAAACACAGUGAAAGGACACCACCCAGUUGCACAUCCCAAUACACCAGCAGGGGAAACUUAUAACGCUGCCAGCCAGGGCACUCCCUUCACUGCAGUUCUGCAUUUUAAGGCAGCACAAGUGGAAGAAAGCUCCUUCCGCAGAAGACUUCUUUCUACCAGACUUCCCGGCAUUUGAGGCGCCACUGCUGUGAGGAGCCAAGAUGUUGGUACUACUAGCUGGCAUUUUUGUGAUCCACAUUGCCACUGUCAUCAUGCUCUUUGUCUCCACCAUUGCUAAUGUCUGGAUGGCAGGCAUGACUUCCGGAGGUAGCACAAACUCCUCAGGGCUUUGGGAGCAAUGUGCUGAUGGCAAAUGCACGGAUCUUCCUUUUGUGAGUGAUGAUCUUGAUUCCCUCAAGGCAGUGCAGGCCUUCAUGAUCCUGGCCAUCAUCUUUUCCUUUGUCUCUCUGGUUAUGUUUGUGGUGCAGCUCUUCACUAUGGAGAAAGGAAAACGCUUUUACAUCACGGGAGCCAUUAUGCUGGUCUGCUGGCUGUUCAUUUUGAUCGCUGUUGCUAUCUACACAGCCCGAUUUCCACAUUACUACAAAGCCAAGAAUGACCACCAUGGCUACUCCUUCAUACUUGCUUGGAUCUGCUUUUGCUUCAGCUUCAUCAUUGGGGUCCUGUAUCUUGUACUCAGAAAGAAAUGAGAGUCAUGCAGAUGGAAUUGGGAGGGUGGAUUGGAAAUUAGGGGGCUUGUGGGAGGGAUGUGAAGUCACUUUGCUAUGAGAACUGUUUGCCAAAAGUAAUUAAUCCGACCCCUACUCAUCUAACAUGCUCAGCUGUGGAAAUGAAUCCACCAGAGAGAGACGGCUGCUGCAGACUUUCUGCUCUUAUGGAUGGUGGGACCAUGUCAGCAGUUGAAGAACCUCCAAUGUAGCCAGAGGCGAUUUCCUUUGUCUCACACAAUUAUCUGUGCAUCCUAUGAUAAAGGACUUUGAUGUUCUGCUUCUCUGGCUGCUGAGAAACUAGAAAUGAUAGAAGCUCGUCCACUUUCCUCCCUAAACCAUGAGCAACUAGGAUACGUCACCCAGGCAUUCCUCCACCCAUUCCCACUCCUUGUGAAAGUGGCAGGGAGCUGAGUGCCAGGCCUGCACAACUGAAAGAGGGUACAGCUCCCUAGCAUGAUUUUCCGAAAAAGUGAAAUACAUGAACACCAGGAAUAGCCUGACUGAAGUGAGGUCAACUUUCAUCUUUAGAACCAAUGUGAGUGUUUCUAUUUCCAUUAACAUCUUCACUCCCCUCUCUUAAAAAGAAAAGGAAUCGUGCUACUGCUGCUGAAGAGAUCAGAGGGAAAACAGUGAGCCAGCAGGGAAUGAGAAGAGAGGUUGCUGGGAGGUGGGCAGAAGGCAGGAUAGGGAGGGGAAGGGGAAAAUUCUUAAUUAUGCAGAAUGAGGUCCUUCACUCUCAGAGUAAUGGCAUUAAAACCUGUGGCUUUCCAUUAGAGCUCACCAUGCACCUACCUGACACAGCUGCAUGAUGGGAUCUGAUGGAGUCACCAUGAUACCACUGACCUGUCAGCUCGGUGGUGUGCAUAUUCAACAAGGAGGACAGAAAAGGCUGUUGCUGGUCAGCUUGUGGAGGCGUUCAGCUUUGACUCAUGGGAAUCUCACCUAGCACCACCAAAUCUGACAAAUUUCUCUCAUUCUUGCAUAAGACAGAGUUGGGAGGAUGUUUUUUAAAAUAGCUGUUUUUCAGUAAGAGAUCUUGCAUUGACAAUAUAAUAUGUCCCUUUUAAAAGGCCUUACAAUUUUUUAAUGUGUACCUAAUAUACCAGAAGAAAUGUUGCCUAUGAGUUAGAGUGGGCUUCUGAGUCAGUUCUCUGCUUAGCUAGAGAUCACAUUGGGCAUGGGCCUUCAAUCUGAUGUGCCUUCUUAAUUUUCCCCCAUACUUUCCUCUCAUAUAACAUGACUGCCAGGGGACAAGGAGAUGCCCAGCAGACCACAUUUUGCAAACAGUCAAGCAGAAAAUGGCUGCAUGGAAAUGGAAAGAAUCAUUAUGUCAUAACUUGCAUCAGGAUCUUAGGUCCAUACACCCAGCUGUUGAGAACAGUUAAAAUGAGUGGAGAAGAUGAAUGGCAAGAGGCUGAUGUUGCUUUAUGCUACCCCAGCCAUGGGAAACAGGGAGACAAAUUCAGUUCAGGACUGCAAGUUUAGUAUAAACAGUGUUCUUUCUUCCUCUCUCUCUCUCUCUCUCUCUCUCUUUCUCAUUACAUUCUUUUUACAUGUACACAUUUGUAAUUUGGUGGAUAAUGUUCAGCUAUUGUACUUGCCAUUUCUUAAUGUUUAUUUCAUGUGCAGUCAUUGUAAAUAUUUUGAUACAAGUUUUCCUAACAGUAGAAAUAUUAAAAAAUAAAGUAAAUCCAGUCCUCUUUAUCAUAGAAAA